AUGACCCAUUGUAGGGCAGGAUGCAUUUGCAAGAGAUAUUAAGCUUUAAAUGGAUGUGUAUAAGUGUAGAGAGAAAGAGAGAGAGAAAGAGGGUGGGGAGGUUGAGCAAGCAAAUGAGAGAGAGAGUGAAAGAGCGAGAGAGGCAGCGCACGAAUGCAACAGAGCAGCGGAGGAGAGGAGAGAGAGGCAAGGAGGACUAGGCGUUACGGUCGCUCCUUCACAAGCUGCAUGCGAGAUGCCAGGACUGCUGCAGAGAGAUUGCCGUUUCUUUCCUUUUUUCUUUCUUUCAUCAGCUUUCUGUCACAUUGAACGCUUCUUCCUCUCGUCUGUCUCAGAGGUGCAUGAGGGAACGGCCAUACAUGGAGUCCAGGUGUCUGUAGUUCUGAGAUCUCCCUCUGAAAACCUUCUCAGCUUCUUGUGAGAUUGAGUAGCCACUUGAAACUCGAAGAACGGAAAGAAAAAUAAAGGCAAGAGUCUUGAAAAAUUGAAUAAAAAGGAGGGAAAACGCCUACAAAUGAAAGAAUGGACGCAGUUGAGGGGAAAUAGUCUCUUGCUAACUUCAGAAAUCCUCAUCACUGACUAAUAAAAAUUUGAAACGGCACAGCGCAGCAACAAAUCAGUAUUCUCCAGCAGAGCCUGCAAGAUAUGGCCAAGAGGGUUAACCCUUUAGAUGGCUGAACUGAUUCUUUGAACAGCCACAAUCUGCAAACAAAUGACUUGAAUUGAUGAAUUUUAAUGGGUUAUUUCAGGAUCAUUUUUAAUAAAUGGAGAUCCUGAGAUUCAAAUGACUUUGACACUUUGACAGUCCCAAAUUUUUGUAGCAGAUAAUGAAAACAUUCGCCUACUUCCAUUUACCUCAGAGGAUUCCUUCCUAGUGUUUUAGAUGUACAGACCAACCGAGAGACUUAACUAGUCUGAGAUCCUCAGCUCGGAUGAUUAGCUUGGAAAGACUUUUUCUGGUCCAGAAAGGUUCAGAAAAUCUUCUCAGGGCUGACUUUGCAUAUUUGAUUCAGUAACAACGUAUAGCCUCCAAAUUAAAGAUGGCUGCCGGAGUGGCAACAUGGCUACCGUUUGCCAGGGCAGCGGCUGUUGGCUGGCUUCCUCUGGCCAAGAAGACCAUGCCCAAACCGCCCGUGGACAAAAAGAGCCGCAACGACGAGAUCCUCUUUGUAAACGUGAGCGGGCUCCGUUUCCAGACAUGGAAAAACACGCUGGACCGCUAUCCCGACACUCUGCUGGGCAGCUCGGAAAAGGAGUUUUUCUUCAACGAGGACACUCAGGAGUAUUUCUUCGACAGGGACCCAGAGAUGUUUCGCCACAUUUUGAACUUCUACCGUACGGGUAAGCUUCACUACCCCCGGCAGGAGUGCAUUCAGGCCUUCGAUGAGGAGCUGGCGUUUUACGGCAUCGUGCCGGACAUUAUCGGAGACUGCUGCAUGGAAGAGUACAGGGACCGCAAGAAGGAGAACCAGGAGCGUCUGGCUGAGGACACGGAGGCCGAGAUGGCGACAGACACCCCUCUGCCGCCUCACAGCACAUCUCGGGAGCGCUUGUGGCGCGCCUUCGAGAACCCCCACACAAGCACCAUGGCGCUCGUUUUCUACUACGUCACGGGUUUCUUCAUCGCCGUCUCAGUUAUAGCGAACGUAGUGGAAACUGUUCCAUGCCGACCCCUCAAAGGCAGCAAGAAAGACUUGCCGUGUGGUGAGAAGUAUUCGCUGGCGUUUUUCUGCAUGGACACGGCCUGCGUGCUCAUCUUCACGUUCGAGUACCUCAUGAGGCUUUUCGCCGCGCCCAGCCGCUGCAAGUUCAUGCGCUCAGUCAUGAGCGUAAUCGACGUUGUCGCCAUCAUGCCCUACUACAUCGGCCUGGUCAUGCCUGAGAACGAGGACGUGAGUGGCGCGUUUGUCACAUUGAGGGUGUUCCGCGUCUUCCGGAUCUUCAAGUUUUCACGUCACUCUCAGGGCCUGCGGAUCCUGGGUUAUACUCUGAAGAGCUGUGCUUCUGAGCUGGGCUUCCUCCUGUUUUCCCUUACCAUGGCCAUCAUCAUAUUUGCAACCGUCAUGUUCUACGCCGAGAAAGGCACCAAGGGAACCAACUUCACCAGCAUCCCAGCCUCCUUCUGGUACACCAUAGUCACCAUGACAACACUUGGGUAUGGAGACAUGGUUCCAAACACCAUCGCCGGAAAGAUCUUCGGCUCUAUCUGCUCUCUCAGUGGCGUGCUGGUUAUCGCCCUUCCUGUACCCGUCAUUGUAUCUAACUUCAGCCGGAUCUACCAUCAGAACCAGAGAGCUGACAAGAUGAGAGCCCAGCAGAAAGUCCGACUUGCGAGGAUUCGCUUGGCCAAGAAGGGAACCACCAACGCCUUCCUACAAUACAAAGAAGAAGGAGGAUUUCAGUUUCGAGAGAGUGACAGUGCUCUGUGUCUGAAGAACAGAUCUUCCUUUGAGCACCAACAUCAUCAUCUGCUACAUUGUCUGGAAAAGACAACCAAUCAUGAGUUCACAGAUGAGCUGACGUUCAGUGAGAUGUGUAUGACUGAGUCAGUAGGCUAUCGUACCAGCCGCAGCACUUCCAUCUCCAGCCAGCAGGGGGUGACGACAUCCUGCUGCCCACGCAGAGCUAAGAGAAGAGCCAUCCGCCUCGCCAACUCCACCGUAUCCGUCAGCCGGGGCAGCGUACAGGAGCUGGACACUCUGCAAGUGCAUAAAACCUCUGCUGGAACACAAAGCCGCUCCAGUCUCAACGCCCGGACAGAAGACCUGAAGCUGAACUGUGAGGAUAGGGAUUUCACAGCGGCUAUAAUCAGUAUACCCACCCCUCCCGCCAACACUCCUGACGAGAGUCUGCCGCCCUCUCCUGCCAUUCCCGGAAUCUUACGCAACUCUCGCUCUUCCUUCACCCAUGAGACAGUGAAGAUCUCCUCCUUAUAACCGCCACAAGCACACAAGCAUCCCUCUAUUGCACAACAGAAAGGAAGUGAUGGGGGCUUCUCCCAGGAAAGAGCCACAGAAAAGACAAAGUGCAUCUCGUAACGAAUCUGCUUCAUUCCAAAUCGACAAUUCGACGCGGACUCGCAUGAGCUGACGUGUUUUUUGUUCGUACGCGCUUGGAGGAGACUGAAAAGACAAACUCAAUCAGACGCAUUUUACAAUGAUAAAACAGCAGUUAUAGUGGCACAGAAGGCCUUUUACUUUUAAAGAUAUGCAAUGUUUCAACAAGCAGGAAUUAUGCCUAUACGUCCACUGCGUAAUACAGUUGCAGGAGAGAUUACAAAAGGUGGGAAUGACCGUGAAGUAGGAAAAAUGCUAUUACAAAAAAGAUGGCCGAUAUAAAGGAGGGUGGUGUACUGUAUAUGUAUCAAUAUUUGUAUCAUACCUCUUUAGAUCACAUGCAUCUUCAAAUCCCCACAAAAAAAGAGAGAUUUCUGAGCAAUCCUACCCAAACAUGCAUGUUGUUGUAUAGUAGAUACCAUGGCAAAGAAUGGAGCUGCCAACAUGCUACUCUCACAUACUUUUGCAUGAAACUUCUUUUACCUCUGUUUCGUUUGUCCUGUUUUCUUUUUUGACAUUGAUGAAAAAAAGAUGAUAUUUACAGAGUAUUAAUGAUCAAAUGUGCUGCACCAGAUGUGCACAUUAGAAAAAAAAGAAUGAUAAACAAAAAACAAAACAAAAAAACAUUCAGGCAUGUUCUUUGCAAAAAUCUAAGGCUGGAUAGUGCGGUAGCGUGCGUGAGUGUGUGCGUGCGUGUGUGUGUGUGUGUGAGGGCCGAUUGAGAAGGACUUGUGUUAUUUGAUCACAGAUAUGCAUGGAUACCGUUGUAGGUAUUUUUAAUGUGUUUUCUCCCAUGGGAAAAUGAAGCGUUUCUAUGGCAUUUUAAAGCGGAUUGAGGGCGUUUACCACUGUCAUUAAGUUUUACAGCAGUAAUUAGAGUCACUUCAACUUAUUUUUCAUUUGGCUUGGUAAUUAAGUGUAACCUUUAAACCCUAGCUAGCUAUUUUUAUACAGUAGUUCAUGCAUCGAACAUGGCUAUGUCCAGUGAGCCAUUUCUCUAAUUUGUUUUGAUGCUCUGUUAAUGUUUAUUUAAAAUUCCUAAGCAGCAAUGAGACAGGCAAUAAUAGUGUAAUUAUUUUUUACUACAACUGAAAUGAAAGAUACAAUUAUCUAUGGAAAUGAGUGCAAAACGGGAGGAAUGCAAAUUUGCACUUGACUGUGAUGAAAAAUAUAUUUGUUACUCUGUUUACAAGCAUUGUUAUUUUUAUGUUCGUUUUGGUUCUGUCUUCUUUUCUCCCCUCUCUCUCCAGCUUCAUAAAACAGUGUGAAGUGGUAAAUUUAGUCAUUGGUCAGGCACCUGCUCAUUUUCGGCAGGGGGUUUUGGAUGAAACGGCUCCUGGUAGAAGAUUAAAGAGUUAGAUAUCAAAAGCACAGAGGUGUAAAGUCUAUUCCACAAAUAAAGUGAACAGAACUCAGAAAACACAA